AUGGAGGGGAAGUACAGUGUAGUGUGGGUAAUUUCAGCCAUUCUUCAUUCUCUGAGAAUCUUAACUACACCCGCAGAAGAGUGGGUUUACAUAGAAGAGAUAGUUGCUAGGGUCGAGGCCCAAGACGGCGUCACCGAUGAACUCCAAGCGUUCAUAGUUGAGAUUCUCAGAGAAGGAAGAAUGACUUUCUUCCAAAAGUGUCUUACUCCUGAAACUAUAACCGAUGACAAAACAAGAAGUAGAACGCACCGUUUGGGGCUGAUGGUUUUGAAUCCUAAACACGAGUUACACGUGCUUCGGGAGGGGACGCAGCGUUUGAUGGAGACCAAAGAAGGAAAUCCGAAAUCAUCGAAGAGAGAAGGCGCGACUGGCUUGUUCAUCUUCUUCUUCAAGUACGACGGCCUUGGGUGGAGGAGAAGCAGUGCUGGCGUGAAGAUAGAAACCCGUCGAACUGAACCAGAGGAGCUUGAGGAAGAGAGAUUUGCAUCAGUGUUUUGUUCGCUUUCCUUUUCUCUUUAUCCAAUUGCGGGGAAAGAAGAUGAAAGUCAAGGUCUUGCAUGGCAUGCUGUUGCGUCAUGGACUUGGGACGCUCAGGAUGAAACAUGUGGGAUUUGUAGGAUGGCCUUUGAUGGCUGUUGCCCAGACUGUAAACAUCCUGGGGAUGACUGCCCUUUGAUUUGGGGAGCAUGCAAUCAUGCUUUUCAUUUGCACUGUAUACUGAAAUGGGUGAAUUCUCAGACUUCGCAAGCUCAUUGCCCUAUGUGCCGUCGGGAAUGGCAGUUUAAAGGAUGAGAUAAUGCUUCAUGCUCUUUGAAGUUUGAUCUCUGUCUCUCACACCAGCCCAUAGCUUUAUAUGCCCACAACAUUUAAAAAAAAAAAAGGCAGUAGCACCCAUUAUUAGAGAAAAAUAUCGUUGGCAAAAAGUAUAUAUAGAGAGAGGGAGAGGACAAUGUUGAAUGAAUGAGAUCAAGUGGAACUUCUGAUAGUUUAAGGAUUUUUUUUUUGGGGUAAAAAGUAGUUUUAGGAUUCUAAUUCUAAAUUGAGUAAUAUUUGUUGUUUGUGAUAACAUAUUCAGACCAAUUAGUAUUCUACAAAGGCUGGUUUCAAUCGAAUGAAGUGCUUUGUGUAUUUA